UUCUCAUUUUCGUCUUCUUUCCCCUCUUCCCUUCUUUGGAUGCAUGCUCAGCAGGAACACUGAAACAGAGAGCAAACCACCAAAUGACGUCCCUAGCUCUCACAAUGUCUUCUUCAUGCUCUCUCGCCUUCAAUUCUCGUCCUUCUUUCAAGUCCCCAUCUCUCUCCCACUUCAGAUCCUCUGCAACUCGCCUUCCCUCCUUCCCUAAACUCACCGCUAAUAUUAGAUUUUCUCCCGCAAUUUCUUACCUUCCGAAAUUCUCCAAAUCCGAUGCAGUCACCGCCACCGAAGUCUUUCAGAAACGGAGAAGCUUUAGCUUAACGGUCAAAGCAUCCGUCGCUGCUGCAUCACCUGCUUCUUCUACUCCUCCCUCGCAGCCAUGGCAUGGCGCGGCUAUCAAGCCAUUACUAGCAUCAAUAGCCACAGGUGUCAUUCUCUGGUUCAUUCCUGUUCCAUCUGGAGUCUCGCGACCCGCUUGGCAACUGCUCGCCAUCUUUCUCGCAACUAUUGUGGGCAUCAUCACGCAACCUUUGCCUCUCGGCGCCGUCGCCUUGAUGGGCCUAGGUGCUUCAGUACUCACCAAAACCUUAACUUUCUCUGCCGCAUUUUCAGCUUUCGGGGAUCCGAUCCCGUGGUUAAUCGCUCUUGCAUUCUUUUUCGCUCGAGGAUUUAUUAAGACUGGACUUGGAAACAGAAUUGCUUACCAAUUCGUAUCGCUUUUUGGAUCUUCUUCGUUAGGUUUAGGUUACAGUCUCGUAUUCAGUGAAGCUCUAUUAGCGCCUGCGAUUCCUUCAGUUUCUGCUAGAGCAGGAGGGAUCUUUUUACCUUUGGUGAAAUCUUUGUGCGUUGCUUGUGGUAGUAAUGCGGGUGAUGGUACUGAGCAUAAGCUUGGCUCCUGGUUAAUGUUGACUUGUUUCCAAACAUCGGUGAUUUCUUCUUCCAUGUUCUUGACUGCCAUGGCUGCCAAUCCUUUGAGUGCCAAUUUGACUUUCAAUACGAUUAAGCAGACGAUUGGAUGGACCGAUUGGGCUACGGCGGCGAUUGUGCCUGGAUUGGUGUCGUUGUUUGUUGUGCCCUUGCUUUUGUAUAUAAUUUAUCCGCCCACGGUUAAAAGCAGCCCUGAUGCGCCUAAGUUGGCUAGGGAGAAAUUGGAGAAGAUGGGGCCAAUGACUAAGAAUGAGAUUAUUAUGGCUGGCACUCUGCUUCUUACGGUAGGCCUCUGGAUUUUUGGAUCAAAGCUGAAUGUAGAUGCUGUUACUGCUGCUAUUCUUGGAUUAUCUAUGCUCCUUAUCACUGGUGUGGUGACAUGGAAGGAGUGCUUAUCUGAAGCAGUAGCCUGGGACACCCUCACAUGGUUUGCUGCUCUCAUUGCCAUGGCUGGGUAUCUCAAUAAGUAUGGCCUAAUCUCUUGGUUCAGCCAAACCGUAGUUAAGUUUGUUGGUGGACUGGGUCUUUCAUGGCAGCUAUCUUUUGGCAUUUUGGUUCUUCUCUACUUCUACUCCCACUAUUUUUUUGCCAGUGGAGCAGCUCAUAUUGGUGCCAUGUUUACAGCCUUCUUGUCUGUUGCCAGUGCUCUUGGUACUCCUCCAUAUUUUGGAGCCAUGGUGUUGUCAUUCCUUUCCAACCUCAUGGGUGGGCUUACACACUAUGGCAUUGGAUCUGCACCUGUUUUCUAUGGUGCCAAUUACGUACCUCUUGCCAAAUGGUGGGGUUAUGGGUUUCUCAUGUCUGUUGUCAACAUAAUUAUCUGGCUUGGAAUUGGUGGGAUUUGGUGGAAGGCCAUUGGCUUGUGGUAAAAGUGGUGCUCACGAAAAUUUGCCCACCCAAAUUCUAUUCCUGCUCAGGUUUUGUUAGCUCUUAGAUGACGCUUUUACUUUCUGGUUUUCUAUCUCAAUGGGAGAUCUUUCGCUUUUGUUGCUGAUUCUUUGUCAAAGAACUAAUCUUCCGGUGGAGAACUUGGAUGGAAAGAUUAUAUACACAAUCGGUUUGUUUGGAGCAAAAAUCAGAAUUAGCUCCUGAAGCUGAAAUUUUGACAUGGCGUUGUAAGUUUGCAACUGCCUGCAAUUCAUGAUUCAUUGUCAGAUGACUGAAUAUUCAUUCCUCUUUUAUGUAGUAUAUUGUGUUUGCCUGAAAAGAAAUAUUGAUGUAUUAAUGUGCAGUAUUGUGUUUGCCUGAAAAGAAAUACUAAUAUAUUAAUGUGCAGUAUUGUUAGGUCCA